AUGAUGAAGAAGGUCAUAUUGCUUUGGUUCGUUUUCGUAUGCGGAGUGUUCGCUUUCCGGAACUCAGGGAACAAGCGGCUGUGCCAGGAGACGGGUCAGCGGAAAGGGAGUGUAAACUACAGGAGGACCAAAAGUGAUAACGGCACGGAGCGCAAAAGGGGAGGUUAUACCUAUUCCCUGGGAAGCACAUUUGAUGAUGUGAAGAAAGUAAUUUCUAAGCAGCUUUCAGUGGAGGAGGAAAAAAUACAAAUGGAGUCCAAUUUCACCAAGGACCUGGGGGCCGACAGCCUCGACUUAGUUGAACUCAUCAUGGCACUGGAGGAAAAAUUUAACAUAACCAUCUCGGACCAGGAUGCAUUGAAGAUAAGCACCGUGCAGGAUGCGAUUGACUUUAUUGAAAAAAAUAAAAAAUCGGAUGCCGGCGGGGAAGUGAGUAACCACACAUGCAGUGCGAAGAAACCCAUUUGGAAGAAGGCCCGCACACCUUUCCACAUGGCACUCCCCAAAAGGAAUGCCUUGUUAAAAACGACGGUGCUGUGCUACUACCUCCUCCUAACGGCUCCCUUUUGCAACAUCACAACCACUACGCUCUGUCAUGGGUUCAUUUUAAAACACACACCCACGUUAGAAGCAUUUCUAAGUGGAAGGGACAGCACAAAGAAGGGGCUCUCUAACGACCAUCUGCGAAGGAACAUCUUCAAGAACAGGAGCAACACGAUGUGUGUACAUGGGAAGAAGAAGGGAAAAAACAAAGAGGUGUUACAUCAGGUGCAGGAAAUUAUAAACAAGCAAAACUUGCAUAAGGGGAAUGAGGAAGACGAGCAGGACCAAGAGGAGGAAGAAGACCAUGGUGAAAGGGCGAAAGGAAAAGGUAAAGGCACCUCUAACCCUCGCACAGGACAAGAAAGGAACACGCAGAAAAGUCACAAGGGAAACAUGCCAAAGGAAACACCCGGGGGAAAAAAUAAAACAGCAGACCUGUACCUGCGUAAUAAUAUAAGAAUAAAGUCUAGCUUGACGGAAGAGGAGGAAGAGGACGGUGUUGAAGUGGGCAGGGACACGGAAGAAGACCCCCUCACAGAAGAUGCCUCUUCAAUGGAAGACAUCUCCCCCGACGAUGAGGAGGAACAGGAGGAACCUGUCACAGAAGAGGACCUAGACACCCUAAACAAAGCAUGUGCAGAAAAAAUGGAGAGCGUUUACAGCUAUAUCAAGAAGGAGUCCUACCGAUUUAAUCUGAACAGCCUGUCCAAUACCAUGUUUGAAAAUGAAAGAAUAAAAAUAAAUGACCAGAAUCAUAUAAUUAAACAUAUAAGUCACAUUAAGAAGAAGGAAAAUUUAUUCAUUAUCACUCCCUACGACCCCUACUACGUCAAUUUCAUAUACAACCACUUCGUAAAGGAGUACAAGGAACUUAAGUUUUACGUGAAGGACAGGUCAGUCUAUGCAGUUGUCCCCCCUCUGUCUGAAAACCUAAAGAACGAAAUUAGAAUAAAAAUUAAGGGAAAGAUUGAAGACGCCAAGGGGACCUUGAGGAAUGUGAGGAAGCAGAUGCUGACCAAGCUGGAGAAGGUGCGCGGUCGCAUUGGGAAGGACAUUUAUUUUGCGCAGCGGAACCAUAUACAGAGUCUGCACGACCAGACGCGCAAGCGCAUUGAGGCCAUCCUCAACGAGCUCCGCUGA